AUGAGGACAACUGCAUCAGUGCCACACUCUUACCUCUGCCUUUGUUCCUUUAACAGUAGGGCAGGAAAUCGGAGAAUGAUUUUAAAACGCCCAUUGGUAGUGAUGGUGGCCGUGAUGGCGAUGGUGUACGUUGCUGCAGCUGGAGGAGGAUAUGGUAGCGGUGGAUUCGGUGGCAGCGGCGGUGGAAGCGGUGGAUUCGGAGGCAGCGGCGGCUCGGCUGGUGGAUUCGGAGGCAGCGGUUUUGGCAGCGGCAGUGGAAGCAGUGGUUUCGGAGGAAGCGGCUUUGGCAGCGGUGGAGGAAGCAGCGGCUUUGGCAGCGGUGGAGGAGGCAGCGGCUUUGGCAGCGGUGGAGGAGGCAGCGGCUUUGGCAGCGGUGGCGGAGGAGGUGGCGGCCGUGGAGGCGGUGGCUAUGGGAAAUAA